CUUAUGACAGGAAUUCUGUGAUAUCAGAAUGCCCCCAUGAAUGCUAGUCCAUGUUAUAAAUGGCAUAGGAGGGGGCUGCAGUGGAGUUUCUUUUCUCAACAAAGGACUUUCCAAAUGCAACCAUGGAUUGUCAGCCAGCAGCAUCAUCAUCUCCUGACACUCAUCAGGAUGUGCCUAGCAGUGAAGAAUCUCCAGGAUUAGAUGAUUUUCUGUCUGAGCUGAAGCUGGGAUUGAAUUUGGAUCUGAAAGACAUACAAAAUGACAGUAAUGAUGCAGGUGCUCUUGAAUCUCCCUGUAACUCUGACUGGGACACACUCAGGAUGGUCCUCAGGAGUAUAUGUGAUGAAUCUUAUAUGGAGGAGAUGGAGAACAAAACCACUGAGUUGGAUGUCAAAAUUGAAAAUCUCUGCAGCAUGCAUUAUGAGAACUUUGUUAAAGCAGUCAGAGAACUUGAAGAAUCAAAAAUCACCUUUCGCUGCCUAAAGGAAGUGACAAGUGCCAUAAACUCAGAAAUCCAAGAAUCUUCAGGUUUAUUGCUCUCAGCUGCUGCAGAAGUGAAGUCUGCUGUCAUUCUGCGGAAGAACAUCCAGAUGGCUAUUGAAACAUUAUCUCACUGCCUCCCAAUUUUGGAGAUGUACGCAAGACUUGAGCAGGAAAUGCUAAUGAAUAGGUUUGUGAAGAGCAUUAAAGGGAUGCUGCCAAAAUUUGAGGAUGCCAUGAAAUCAGCUGUGAAGACAGAAUUAAAGGAUUUCCUGGAAAGAUUACAUCCUAUCAACGCCUUGAUAGGGAAAUUUGCUAUGCUUCAGACUGCAGAAGAGCAGGAAUCCUGCUUGGGCAGCAGUCUCAUUUUUUCGAGUCUGCAAAAUGGUUCCUUCUGUGAAGCUGAGAGUGAUAUGAUGCAGGCAAACCCUUUGGAGAGCGUAGAUUUCACCCCUGUCCUUCGAGCUUUCCACAUUUUUUCAUCAUUGGGUGAGAGAGAAACCUUCAUAAAUGAUUACAGAUUCAAGAGAAAGAAACAGGCCCAAAUGCUUCUUCAUCCACCUCACAAUAUGCAUGAAUCCCUGGAGGCAUUGCGUGAGUAUCUUCAUAGUAUCCUCGGGAUGUUCCUCGUUGAAGAUCACCUCCUGACCCUCACAGAGUCAUGGGGUAUACUGAGUAAAGAGUACCUGGAGUCUUUCUGGGAGACUUCAUUCAAUGAAGUUGUCUCCUUUCUUCAGAUGAGCAUAGGAUCAUGCAUGGAAGCCUCUCUAAUUGUGGAUGUCAAAGACAACUUGCUUCUCUUCAGCCACACACUUCGGGCAUAUGGGUUUGCUGUUGAGAAAUUGUCAUCUCUGUGGCAGGAUCUCCAAGAUCACUACAUGGAAAUCUUGAUGCAGCAGUGGAUUAAGAUAUUCUGGGACAUCUUCGAGGAAGACAACUAUCAAGCCAUGGAAGUAGAGGAUGCUGAUGAGCUCCAACAGAUCACAUCUGAUGGGGAAGAUGAAGGAUUCCCCAGAAGAAUCCCCUUCUCUCUCAUGGUGCCCAAAGUUUACAGCCAAGUCAAGAGUUUCGUUGCACAGUUCCAUCGCUUCUCAUCAGACCUGGGGAUGAGGAAGUUUGAAGUUGAUGAGGCAGUGAGGAAAGCAACUGGUCUGUUGUUGUCUCGGACACUGAAUGGUAGUCUUUGCUCCCUUUUGCGAGACUCCUCCCUGGGCCUAACUCCAAUCAUACAAAUCUUUGUCAACAUGAACUGCCUGGAGGAUGUUAUUCCCCAUCUUGAUCUAUAUAUAUCUCAGUUCACAGGAAUAUAUGGGGAAAUCUGUCCUGAGGAAGACAGACAAGUGCUACAGGAAGCAAAGGCUGAAGCCGAACAGGGUAUCUAUGACCGACUUCGUGAGAAGGUGACAAAAUUGGUGGAGCAAGCAGACUACAAUUGGAUGCUUGAAGAGGCACAAGGGUAUGCCAGUCCAUACAUCAAUGAUCUGAUUGCAUUCCUCGAAAAUACAUUCCGCUCCUUCACUCAUUUACCGACAUCUGUAGCUCAACGGGGUUGUUGGCUGGCAUGCCACCAUUUAAGUAAGAUGCUGUUGGAUAUGCUUCUCGAUGAGAAGAUGGAACAAAUGACACAGGCAGCUUUGGUCCAGCUCAAUCUGGAUGUCAUCCAGUGCGAGCAUUUUGCAUGUUCCAAGCCGGUUGAGGGAAUCAAUGAGGACUCCAUGCUCCUUUGCUUUGCCCAGCUGAGGCAAAUCUUGGAUCUUCUCUUGACAUGGGACUGGAAUAAGUAUUUUGAAGACUUUGAUAAAGAAGGCAGCAAGUACAACCGGAUCAGUCCACAGGUUGCCCUCAUGCUUCUGAACAGGCUGCUGGAUAAGGAGGGACAGCCCAUGUUCUCAAUGCCAAAAGAGAUGGACAAAAGGAAAGUUUAUGAAACCCUUCACAAGCAGCUACAACAGCUAUGUGAUGCAACAAUCACCAAUUGACCCUUUCAACAUGUGCCUUUUUUACUUUUUUAUGAUAUAUAAUUUUUUACCCUGAUAGUGACAUGACAUUCCAUUCCAAAAUUACCUAUGAUAUAUAAAGAUAUGAACCAG